AUGACUCCACCUCCAGGUUUUGUUGCCAAUGGGGAGUCUCAAGUAUGUAAACUAGUAAAAUCUCUUUAUGGAUUGAAGCAGGCUUCUAGACAGUGGUUUUCAAAAUUCUCCACUACUUUGCUCAGUCAUGGUUUCACUCAGUCUAAAGCCGACUACUCUCUCUUUACUCGUACUCAAGGAUCAUCUUUUAUUGCUCUCUUAGUUUAUGUUGAUGACAUAAUACUAGCAAGUAAUGAUCCGGCUGCAAUUUCUGAUUUGACAGUGUUUCUUAAUAAACAAUUCAAACUCAAGGACUUGGGUUCCUUAAAAUAUUUUUUGGGAUUGGAGGUUGCCCGUUCUGAUAAAGGCAUUUCUAUUUGCCAACGGAAACAUGCACUUGAAAUACUUGAAGAUGCUGGUUUAUUAGCUUGCAAACCUGCCAAGUUUCCAAUGGAACAGAAUCUCAAACUUUCAAGCAAGGAUGGUGUUUCUUUGGAUGAUCCUUCCAGUUAUAGACGUCUUGUGGGUAGAUUAAUCUACCUCACCAUCACACGUCCUGAUUUGGCUUUUGCAGUUCAACAUCUUAGUCAGUUUAUGCAGGACCCUCAUCAACCACAUUUAGAUGCUGUUCAUCGGUUGCUGAGAUACAUCAAACACUCUCCAGGUCAAGGAAUUUUAUUUCCUUCUGAUUUUAAUCUUCGUCUUAAAGCAUUUUGUGAUGCUGAUUGGGCAGGGUGUGUAGAUACCCGGCGAUCCGUAACUGGUUACUGUGUUUUUCUAGGUGAUUCUUUAAUCUCUUGGAAGUCCAAGAAGCAACAAACAGUCUCCCGGUCCUCUGCUGAAUCUGAAUAUAGGGCCAUGGCUUCCACAUGUUCUUUGCAUAUUGCUGCUAACCCAGUCUUCCAUGAGAGGACCAAGCACAUUGAGCUUGACUGCCAUUUUGUUCGGGAAAAAAUUCAACUUGGUCUUAUUCGCACUCUUCAUGUUAAAUCUCAUCUACAAUUGGCAGACAUCUUUACUAAGCCUCUUGGCUGUGUUCUCUUUCAUAAUCUACUGUCCAAGAUGAAUAUCAUAGAUAUCUUUCAUCUUGAGGGGGAGUAUCAACCUAUCAAGCAUCAGCCAGAUCAACGUAGCACGUCCAAAAUAGAAUACAGCAAGGAGCAAGACAUAAAUCAACUUGAAGAUACAAAUCAACAUACUGUUAUCCAGGCUGUCAUUGAAUAA